CGACGAGAAUUGCAAUGGUUGUUCUCAUGGCCGUAGAAGACCCUACGCCUCAAGAAAUAUGGGGUAUAAUCUCACAAAUUAUCGGCUGGAUUUACUUCGUAGCUUGGUCCGUGAGUUUCUACCCACAAGCUAUCCUGAAUUGGCGUAGGAAAAGUGUCCAAGGCCUCUCGAUAGAUUUCCUUUACUACAACGCCUGGGGAUUUUUAUGCUACUCCAUAUUCAACCUUGCGUUUUUCUUCAGCAAGGAAAUUCAAGAAGAAUAUAGGAGACGAAAUGGCGACAACGACAACUUAGUCCGCGCCAAUGAUGUGUUUUUCUCAGUUCAUGCUCUGGCCAUCACACUUUUCACCAUUUACCAAUCUUUCAUAUACAAGCGGGAUGACACUCAGCGGAUAUCCGCAGCGGCCGGAGCUUUUAUUCUUACAACCGUGGUAGGAGUUGCAGCUGUCAUUGUGGCUGUCGAAGCUGGUCAAGCCAUGUGGAUAGACUUGCUAUACUUUAUGGCUUGGAUUAAGCUUGCUGUCAGUUUGAUCAAGUAUUUGCCACAAGUGUGGAUAAACUUUAAGCGUCAGUCUACGGUUGGAUGGAGUAUACACAACAUCUUGUUGGACUUCACUGGAGGUAUCUUAUCCAUUACCCAGCUGCUCUUGGAUGCAUGGAUCUCUGGCGAUUGGAGUGGAGUAUCCGGGGACCCUGUCAAGUUCGGUCUCGGUUUCAUUGCCAUUGGCUUUGAUAUCAUCUUCAUGUGUCAACACUAUAUUCUCUACCGUGAUCGUACUGAUUUUUAUGUCAACUCAGUGGAAGAGGAACGGCAGAGAUUGAUCGCAGAGGGCCGGUUACCUCGAGAUACGGACGAUAUCUUCCGACGGAACAGAACGGACAGUGCUGCAUCUGCCACAUCUGGAGGAAGAUAUGUAUAAAUUUCCUAGGCAUGGCAAAUUACACCCAACACAAUUCUCUAUAUACACUGUUACAACGUAUCAUUGGUCACUCGCUCACAUUGGAACAGACACUAUCUAAACACCAUUGUUAAGCAUUAUUACAUUUAAUCAGCGCAAAUGAAAGGAAGUAUCCAAGAAAACUCAAAAUAAA